GUAAUUGAAAGGAGGAUUGUAGAUUUCAGGGCGGUGACUUUGAGUCUUACUUUUAAUACAUUCUAUGCAUCCCACUAUAUCAGAUCUUUCGGUGAGACGAGCAGGAACACUUCACCAGAGUAGAGCAUCUUCAAUCAACACAACUUCAAUGGUUAUGCCCAACACCUCGGUCACCACCUAUGGGCUCCCGUCGGAGAUCCAUCUGGGGAACGGAGGCACCAUGUCGGACGAGAUGACCCGAGCGAGACGCGUUCAACAGCAGGUCCAGAUGAGACUGGCGGAGAAGUCCACACUUCCGCGUCAAAAUGGAUCAACUACACAGUACGCCAUGUCAGACUACGGCGGGUCUUCAACAAUGAAAUAUCAGACAUUGAACCCAAACUACAGCUCUAAGUCAUCCUACAUGUACUCAGGCUCCAAAACAAUGGGUCCACGCAUCUCCCAGAAGACGGGUUUCAGCGCCCGAUCUGCUGGUGCAGACAUGGCCCAGCUGAACAGGAUCAGUGGUGGUGGGGGAAUGGGAGGUGUUGUUGUUGGUGGUGGUAGUGUUGGGAACGGUGGGAUUGUGUACCGAGACGACCUGCGCAUGGGCGGCUACCAAAGUGGAGGCUAUCAAAGUGGCGGGUACCAAAGUGGCGGAUACCAAAGUGGCGGAUACCAAAGUGGCGGAUACCAAAGUGGCGGAUACCAAAGUGGCGGAUACCAAAGUGGUGGAUACCAAUGUGACGGCUACCAAGGAAAGGUUAUCCAAACAAGAAGAGCAGACCCAGAGACCCUCUCGAUGCACGCGGUGCAGCAGCACACAGCGCAGGUGAAUACCGGUUGUGUUGAUAUCGGCGAUGCUGGCAGCUUGAUCUCAGAUCGUGACGCCACCUUUGGCCGCCAGUAUGCACAAAGCGCAGUCAAUGGCUACACCACCCAGGUUAGGCAAGGAGGAGGCUCCAUGACCUUAAACUCACCCAUGCGCCGAUCUCUUAGUGGCACUCUUGCCCGGAGCGGAGGGAUAACAGGAGGAGAGGCGGAGGUUUUCCAGCAGCACUCUUACAAAGGCCCGGCCCACCGCACCAUCAGCAGGAUUACAAACAGAAACCGGAUGAGCACCGGCUCCUUGCCUGGGCAGCAGAUCUUGACCAGUGGGAGUGUGUAUGGUAGUGACAGAAUGGAUGGGGGAUUUGGAAUGGCCCAGGGAGCCAUUAUACAGCGUCCAGGCACUAUAUCUCGUGCCAUGUCAAUCAAAAGCAUGCAUAGUGUGGGCAGGGGCAUGGACAUCUACGGCAGGGAGAUGGAGAUGGGAGCCAGCAUGGGGAACCUCAGCGGGAUCAACUCCUUGAACAUGCCCUCAGCAGUGGAACACUUGAGAGAAGAGGACUAUGACCUGCAGGUCCUGGGUGCCGCCUACAUUCAACAUGAGUGUUACAGUGACAACGAUGCCAAAAACGAGGUGCGUUAUUUAAAGGGCAUCAGUGAGCUGGUGAAGCUGUUCAACUCUGAAAACCAGGAAGUGCAACGGUAUGCCACCGGUGCAACACGCAACCUCAUCUAUGAGAACAUGGACAACAAGGUGGCCCUGAUCGAGGAGGGUGGCAUCCCACAGCUGGUCGAAGCACUGAAAGAUAAAGAUGAUGAUCUCCACAAAAACAUCACUGGUAUCUUGUGGAAUCUUUCCUCCAAAGACAACCUGAAGGACAAACUGGCCAAGGAGACCCUUCAAGAGCUGACCGACAGCAUCCUCAUCCCUCUGUCAGGCAAAGACACCGAUGGCUACCAGCAGACGGCCUCUGAGGCAGACAUCUUCUACAACACCACAGGAUGCCUCAGGAAUAUGAGCUCUGUGAGCAAGAAGACUCGUCAGCAGAUGAGAGAACAACCUGGACUGGUGGACUCUCUGGUGUGCUACAUUCAGAAGUCCCUCGAAGACAGCAAGGCAGAAGACAAGGGGGUGGAGAAUGCAAUGUGUGUCUUGAGGAACCUCUCCUACCAGCUCUACAGUGAGCUGCCUCCAUCUGUCAUGAGCCGCCUGGAAGGACCAUCUAGGGAUCAGGGCUCAGGAAAGGGUGACGCCAUUGGUUGCUAUACACCUCAGGGCCGGAAAGCCAAAAAUAGAAAGAACCAGGACAUCUCCGCUUUCAGCGAGGUGUCUCGGGUGCCAAAAGGCAUGGAGCAUCUGUGGCAUCCAGAGAUUGUGAAGGUGUACAAGCAGCUGCUGCAAGACUGCGAAACCAACUCUACCACCCGCGAGGCGGCUGCUGGAGCACUGCAGAACAUCACCGCUGGAGACAGCAGGUGGGCGUCACUGCUGAGCCUGGUGGCUCUGGAACAGCAGCGCAUUCUGUCUGUGGUGCAGCACCGCAUGCAGACCAGCAAUGACCUGGAGCUGCGAUCCCUCACAGGCUUACUACGAAACCUUUCCCGACAUGUCAGGGAUAAGAAUGACAUGGCCACAAAGGUGGUGAACAACAUGGUGAGCAUGCUGCCUGACGAUGGGAACCAGAAAGAUCCCUCCAGCGAUGUGGUGAUCAACAUCUGUGGAGUUCUCAAUAACCUGGUGACCAGCAGCUCUGUAGCUGCCAGAGACAUCGCAUUCUUUGACGGCCUGCAAAAACUGUUCAGCAUCAAACACUUGACGGGCACUAGCAGCACGGGGCGGAUGAAAGCAGCCACAGCAGCAGGAACAGUUCUCAACAACAUGUUCCAGUACAAGAAACUGCACAAAAGUUACAAAGAGAAAGGGUAUGGGAGACAAGACUUUUUGGAUACGGUGAUCUAAAACAAAAGGCAGCACUUCUACAUUGGUGAAGAGGCCUGCUCUCCACCAGCCCCCAGUGGAGCAAAGAGACUGCUUGUACUAUUUCAAAGAUACGUUUUUAUCUGUCAUACUUACUGCGAUGAGAAUAUGGACACACAACUGAUGGAGGAUCUACGCAAUGGAAAGACUUCCUGUGUCAUUUUUAAACUCGACAGACAGUUCAAGAAAUGUGGAUCCGGCGUGGCUAGGACUCAAAUGUGUGCACCUUAACCAUUUACUCUUUCUGUUUGAACACUGUAUGUUUUAGUGUGGAAUCAGGGAUUUUUUUUUUUUUAACAGAGCAACAUUUAUUCAGAUAUAAUUUCAGCUGUUUUUUUGGUGGAUUGACAACUGUUGAUGGACCACUCCCUGUCGCACCUCCAGCACAGAAUGAAUGCAUUGAAGUGUGGUACAAACAUGCUGUUCUUGUAAAUAUUGCUUCUUCUUUCACAAAGAAAUCAAAUGUUCUAUACUUUGCACCUACAAUAUCUACUUUGUUUUUGUAGUUUUAGGAUGGAUAAAUGUGUUUAUAAGUGAGUCAAUAUUAUAACAUGAUUAUAAUUGAAUGUAAACCACAGGAUUUAUAGAAAUUUGAAUGUUAAUACUUAAGAUUAAGAAAUCUAGGAAUAAUGGUUGUAUCUCCAAAGUUGACUUUUGUAUUUAGUCAUGUGCUUUUUAAAUUUGCAAAAUUUCAGUCUUGUCCUACAUUUGUAGUCGUUUUGUCAAACACAAUUCAUAGACUACUUUAUGUUUGUUUAUGUUUCUUCAUCAGGCCAUGAAACCUGCUGUUUGUGUACUUUAUUAAGUGGUGUGAGUGUACAAAUACACAGUGCUGACUUUAUUUCAAAACAAAUAUCAUAUAGUGAUAAUGAUAUCUGUUUUGUUUUUGAGGUUUUAUUGCAAAAUCGAACACGGACCCCAGACCCCAUUGAAAGUCAUAUAGAUUGUCAAGUAUUAAAUGUGUCAUAGUUCAUACAAAAGUUUUAAUUCAAAACUUUUUCAAAAUUUGUAAUAAUAUUUAUUGCUCUGGCAUAAAUGGUUUCCCUUUGAUAUUAAGACUUCUGACUGCUUUCAGAUUUGCUUUUGUUGUGUACAGGCAGAUGUAUCAUCUUGAUAUUUUUCAACUAAUAAAGAUACCAAUUUGAAAUGUCAA